AUGGAAGCCCCGCCUCUGAUUAUUUCAGCACCAUCUCCCUUCUACUCUCGGCCUGUGUGGUACAAAGCUGGGUCUGCGCUCUGCCUCAACCCGACGGCGGACACAUGCGGACAUGGCCAUGGUGGAGGCGGCGGACAUGGCCAUGGCGGUGGUGGAGGACAUGGACAUGGGGGUGGUGGAGGUCAUGGGGGUGGCUAUGGAUAUGGUCACGGAGGAGGCCAUAGUCAAGGAGGUGGUUAUGGAUAUGGCCACAAUGAUGGAUAUGGGUAUGGCCAUGACAGCGGGUAUGGCCACAGCGGAGGGCAUGGCCAUGACAGCGGGUAUGGCCACAGCGGAGGGCAUGGCCAUGACAGCAUGGCCACAGCGGGUCACGGGCACGGCCAUGGUGGGGGUUUCGGUGGUUCCGGAGGAUUUGGUAAUGGCUUCGGCUUCAGCGGAGGCUUCGGCAACGGCUUCGCAACGAGCGGAGGAGGCGGCUUCGGUUUCGGCGGAGGGGAGCGGCCGGCGGCUUCGGAUUCGGAGGAGGGGGAUUUGGCAACGGAACGGAGGCUUUGGCUUGGCUGA